AUGCCUGCAAUCGGUCUUUCGUGGGUUGGGAUUGGGAUGGUAGCUGUGGGUACAGUGGUGGUACUUUGGGCUAUGAUGAGGAAGCUACAAAUCCUCAACAAUGAUCCCAACACACCACGCUGCCUUCCAUACACAAUACCGUUCCUGAAAAGUACCAUCCCAUUUGUGCUCGAUGGACCAAACUUUUUCCAUUGGGUCUCCUGCUAUUGCCAGGGCCGUUGGCCAGUGCGGGUAAAUCUUCUGAAUGGUGAGGUCUAUAUAGUCCAAGGAGCUAAGAACAUCGCUGCCAUUUUCAGCAAGCCUGGCCUUACAGUUACCCGAGCAUAUAGUAUUGCACUGAAGCAUUGCUUUGGGAUGGAGCAGAAAGCUGUUGAUGUUUAUCUCGCUGAUACGUCGGGCUCCUGGCAUCGACCUAUUCCCGGCAGCCAAACGCCGUGGCACGGACGUGUGAGCUACCAUACCCACGAGAACCUUGUUCAGGGCCUCUUAGGCGCUGGGCUGAACCCAAUGACGGAGCGCAUAGAAGGACUAUUAUUUGCCUCCUUGGCAACGGCCCUGCCAAUGACUCCGGAAUGGACUUAUGGGAUGGACUUGACCGAGUUCUUUGAGAACCACCUCGGGUCAGCCAUCCUGCAAGCCUUAUACGGUCCGCUGCUGGUCACAAGGAACCCGGACUUCAACCGUAACUUGUGGCGAUAUGAUAAACAAAUAAUGAGGCUAGCCAAGCGCUUACCAUCGUGGCUGAUCCCCAACGCCUACCGUUUGCGAGAUGAACUCCUCGAUACGAUCAUGAAAUGGCAUCAACAGGCUGCUCUACUAUCGGAAACGAGGCCAAGCAGUGAACAGACGGGUGGAGAUGAAGCCGAUCCAUAUUGGGGAUCGGCCAUGAUGCGUGAAAGGAACAAGAUGCUCUUGAAAAUUGAAGGACAAGAUGCCAGGUCAGUGGCAUCCACGGAUCUUGGCUUCAUCUGGGCCUCUGUUACUAAUGUCGUCCCAUCUACCAUGACCCUUUGUACGCACAUGUACCGUGAUCGCUCCCUCGUUGAGAAUAUUCGUUUAGAGAUUCGGGAUUGCAUUCAGCCGGGGACCACCUCACGGUUUGACCUCAACAAGCUUGGGAAGCAACAACUUUUGCUCUCGAUGUAUGCUGAGACUUUGCGCUUCGGUGUACAGAUCCAUAUUCCCCGUUGCUCGCCACAUCAGCCGCUUUCCGUGGCAGGAGUAACCAUCCAGUCUAAUAAAACGAUCCUCAUCAACACAGGACUCGCACACUCCGACGAGUCUGUAUGGAACACACGAAGUGGACAGUAUCCGCUGGAUACCUUUUGGGCACAGCGGUUCCUUGUUGAUCCAACAGACGAAAGCAGCGGGCCUGUAAGAAAAAAAUGCUCUCAGCCAUUUAGUCCCCCAUCUGGGAAAGAGGACAAGAAGAUGAACAGUCAAGCUCCAACCUCAGGGCAAUUCACCCUAGACGGGCUCGAAGGAAGCUGGAUACCCUAUGGAGGCGGACAACACGCAUGUCCGGGUCGGAACCUAGCAAAGCGCAUUAUAUUGCUCGCAAGCUCGAUGAUGGCUAUCAUGUUUGACAUCGAGCUACUAGCUCCUGACUCGUCCUUGCAGUUUGGCUCACCUCGGUUUGGAUUUGGGGUCCGUAAGCCAUUUACACAAGUGCCUUUUCGAAUUCGACGCCGACAACCCGUCAGUCAACAUUAG